GUUUUGAAUAUAAGUAUUUGGACUUUUUCAGUGGGGUCUAGUUUACUUUCAUUGGGGUUAAAUAUACAACAUGCUAUGGCUGCGUUGACUAUUGGUAAUAUAUUGAUUGUGCUUUACACUAUUUUGAACUCUUACCCAGGUCAAGUAUAUCAUAUUGGUUUCACUGUCUGUCAGAGAAUUGUGUUUGGUGUUUAUGGAUCAGGAUUGGGUAUUUUGAUCAGAAUCAUCCUCUCAAUAACAUAUUUCGGCUCCCAGGCAUGGCUAGCAGGGUUAUGUGUUACGGUUAUGCUAUCUUCAAUAACACCAAAUUACUUGAAUAUGGAGAACACUUUCCCUGAAUCUGUUAAAAUGUCUACACGUGAUUUUGUGAGUUUCUUUAUUGUUCAAAUCAUUUCCAUUCCCUUUUUCUUGAUCAAACCUGAAAAAAUCAACAUCUUUGUAAAUGCAUCAUGUGUUAUGGCAUUGGCUGGAAUGGUUGGUAUGUUUGGAUAUAUGGUUAAACUGAAUGGAGGACCUGGGUCAAUAUAUUAUGAAAAGGUUACUCUGAGCAAUUCUGAGUUUGGGUGGAUGUAUUUGAUGGGGAUUAAUGUUUGGUAUGGUGCUCUAAGUCCUGAUAUUUGCAAUCAAUCAGACUUUUCAAGAUUUAGUUCAAGCAAACCAAAAUUACAAUGGGGGAUAUUUUGUGGUAUUUUCUUCACUGAAAUCAUACCUUUGGCUGGCCUAAUAUGUGCUAGUAUUAGUACAGACCUUUACGGAAAGCAGUAUUGGCUACCAACAGAUAUAUGCUUACAAUGGCUAAAUGAUCAUUACACCCCACGUACACGUUGUGCUUGUUUCUUUUUGGGUUUGUCAUUUUUAACAUCAGAACUGUCUCUUAAUACAUUAACAAAUGGCUUUGCUGGUGGGAUGGAUUUAGCUGGUCUUUGUCCAAAAUAUAUUAAUAUUACAAGGGGUUCCAUUAUCACUGCACUUUUAAGCUGGGUUGUACAACCAUGGCUGUUUUAUAACACUUCUUCAACAUUCUUAGGAGUCAUGAGUAGUUUUGGUGUUGUUGUCACACCAAUUAUUGCAAUUAUCGUUUCUGACUUCAUGCUGGUUCGUGGAGGCAAAUUGAAAUUAAAUGAUCUUUAUACAACGUCAAAGGAUGGAAGUUUUUAUCAUACAGCUGGUGUUAAUUGGAGAGCUGUGUUUGUUUUCUUUGCUUCUGUGGUGCCUGGUCUCCCAGGAAUGGCUGCUUAUGUCAACCCAUCAAUAAAGCUGAAAACUUCAAUAAUCAAUUACUUUUAUGGGUCCACUGAUAGAAAGAUUGCUGCUGGUAUUGAUCUUUAUAAUGCUUUCACUCUUGAUGAAUAUAAGAGGCUGAAUUUGAUACCAUAUGAUGGAGUUAAUCCUGAAGAAGUUAUUGUGUUGGAAGAUUUUACAAAGGAUGACACUCAUGGUGGAAACUCUACCAGUGAUUCAACUAGUGGAAUAGCAAGCUCAAAGGAGAAAAUAAAGAGUGUUUUCAAUGUUGUUUAGAGAAAGUUACUUUAUAUAUCUUGUGGUCACUAUUGUAGGUUUUUUUUUCUUGUCGUUCCUAAAAGAAAUCUCAUCAAGCACAGUUGUCAAAAGACACAGAUAUCGUCUAUUCAAUAUUACGUUUCAUUGAUUCACUUAAUAUUUCUUGCCAAUUGGAUUUCAAAACGAAAUAAGUUUCAGAUAUGGCAAGUGUGAAUAUACCAGUCCCUAAUCCAAUCCAUAAACCGACCAAUUUAAGAUCUUUGACAAAAGCUAAAUAUAAUGCCAACGGAACAGCAAUCAUGUAAUAACAAGCAAUAUUCAAAUUACUUCCAAUUUUUUGACGACCCUGUCCUCUUAAACAACCAGCUGCAAUAACGUUGAUGCUAUC